CGAUAACUAAUGAAAGGGUGUCAGAUUCACAUUGCCACUACUUGGCAGCGUUUCUGAGGCAGGGAAUGAGCACGGUUUGUUGGUACACAAAAGGAGGGUGACUUGCUUUGUGGAUACAUCGACUCCCCGCCCUUCCAGCAGGGACUUACAUAAACUGAUGCAAAUGCCAGAAGCAGCCAGUAUCCGCUCUGAGUCUGACGUCGGCCAGGAAGGAUCUCGUUCUCUUCAGCAGUUUAUUUAUUUAUUCAGGCGCAUUUAACUGAAUUCACUCUCCAUAUUUAUUAUUUUGGUUUAUCGUUUUGGUCCGGUUAUUCACCUGCAGAGAAGAGAGCUCGGCGAAAAGAGACAGACACGAAGCUGAGCAGCAACACCAGUUACAACAUCUAAAGCAACGCUCAGGAAGCAGUAUUACCUCAUAAGACUGGAAACAAUACAAAACAUUGAUUGCUAGGCAAAGCAAAUCCUAAACAUGAAUAAAGCAGAGGUCCUUAAUGUGGCUCUUGAUGAAGACAGCUCCAUCAGCAACGAUGAUUUCAGUUAUUCGGAAUACCAACCACAGAACCUCCCAAUUAAAAGCCAUUACGACAUGGAUAUUGAAAACGUACAUUUUCUUCUUGAGCCAACAAUGUCAAAAAAGAAAUGCGAAACAGAAUAUCUUCCUGGAACCACAUCAUUCGGCAUGUCAGUAUUUAACCUCAGCAAUGCAAUUGUUGGAAGUGGUAUACUUGGCCUUUCAUAUGCAAUGGCCAACACAGGAAUCGCACUGUUCAUGAUCCUAUUGGUGUUUGUUACAAUAUUUUCAUUAUAUUCCAUUCAUCUACUUCUAAAAACUGCAAAUGAAGGAGGCUCUCUAUUAUAUGAACAACUGGGAUUAAAAGCCUUUGGAAUACCUGGAAAACUUGCUGCUUCUGGCUCUGUUACCAUGCAAAAUAUUGGAGCGAUGUCAAGCUAUCUUUAUAUAGUGAAGUAUGAACUGCCUCUUGUAAUCAAAGCAUUGAUGGGCAUUACACAGGACACUGGAGAAUGGUACUUAAAUGGAGACUAUCUGGUCAUCAUGGUUUCUCUGGUUAUCAUAUUUCCAUUGUCACUUCUGCGAAACCUAGGAUACUUGGGCUAUUCAAGUGGCUUUUCUCUUCUGUGCAUGGUCUUUUUUCUCAUUGUUGUAAUCUACAAGAAAUUUGAGAUCCCCUGUCCUUUAGAAUUUGAGGCCAUGAACAUGACUUUAAACUCAACACUUUACCAGCUGUCCUCACAUAGUCACAUGGCUGAGAUGGCGCACAAUGAGACAGAUGAUGAGAUGUGCACACCAAAGUAUUUUGUGUAUAACUCUCAGACUGUGUAUGCUGUACCUAUCUUGACUUUCUCUUUUGUCUGCCACCCGGCUGUUCUUCCUAUUUACCAAGAACUUAAAGGCCGGAGCCGAAAAAGGAUGAUGAAUGUUUCAAAUGUUUCAUUUUUCACUAUGUUUAUCAUGUACCUUUUGGCUGCACUCUUUGGAUAUUUGACAUUUUACUCUAAUGUUGAGUCAGAAUUGCUUCAUACUUACUCAAAGGUUAUGGGAGCUGGUGUUAUCUUUAUCGUAGUGAGACUUGCCGUACUCAUGGCUGUGACCUUAACCGUUCCAAUUGUCAUUUUUCCAAUUCGAAGCUCCCUUAAUGAGCUGUUUUGUUCAGGGAAGGACUUUGCAUGGAUCCGCCAUAUUUUAAUCACUGUUUUCAUUCUGGGAUUCACCAAUGUCCUUGUCAUUUUCGUUCCAAGUAUAAGAGAUAUAUUUGGAUUUAUUGGUGCCUCUGCUGCUGCAAUGCUGGUUUUCAUUCUUCCAUCAGCUUUCUACAUUAGACUUGUGAAAAAGGAGUCAAUGAAAUCAGUGCAAAAGAUUGGGGCUCUUCUGUUCCUUAUCGGUGGAAUCAUAGUUAUGAUUGGAAGCAUGACCUUAAUCAUCCUUGACUGGAUCCAUAAUUCUUCAUCAGGUGGAAAGUAAAACAGCUUGAUGUCGAAUUGAGCACUUCCUUAAAGUUUGAAGUUAUCAUUCAUCAUUUCUACUGUGAAAUUAUUUUCACAGUUUCAUUCAGACACUUUUCCUUUGGGAACCAGAUUCUUUUUGAAGUGGACUUUUCAGAAACUCUUGGAAUAUCACAGGGGCAUUGCCAUCUCAAAACCAGUCUGAAGAAGGAAAUUGUUAUUUUCCAUUCUGGAGAAUGGACAAUAAUGUCAAUAAGCCAGAUGCUUGGCUGCUGUCAUUUACUGUAUGUAAUUAUACUUGAAUGUGCCUACCAUUUGAUAUGAUAAAACACUGCAAAAGUGUUACAUUGUAAUGGUGGGGAGGGAGGCACCCCUAUUUUUGUAGGAAAAGGCAAAAGGUUCAACAAUUUAAGAGCACUACUGAUUUGGGAAUACUGUGCUUUUUAAAGCAAUUCUCUCCUGUUUAUUACAUCAUCUGUAUUUCACCAGUGUUUUGGGAAAUCUUUCUUGUUUUUGCACUGGCUGGAUAAGGAGUUCAUUCUCUGGAUAAAAGCUAGUUAGCAGAAAAAAACUGGAAAGAAUUUGCUGUUUAAAGGUCGAUGACUUAUUGGGAUCUGGAAUUUAAUGGCUGCAUAUAUAACUUUGCCUGGAAUCUUCAUGUAGUAUAACAACUCCCUAAAGGUUUUAGACAAAAAAUAUAAGGGGGUAUUUUGUUCAAUCCAAGUGUUAUUGCUCAACUUUUAGUGAUUUCAAAGUCUGGUACAAAAGUGAAAUAUUUAAAUAUUUUAUUUAUUUCGAUGGCAGUUUACAACAUGUACAGUAUUUCUCAAUAUUUAUUUUAAAACUACUGAAUUACUUGAGGAACAUUCUUGGUUUUCAUAGUGCUUACCCACAAGUUAUAGCCAUUUAAUGUGUGAUUCUUGUGUGUUUAUCCAUUUAUCUGGAAAAAAAAGAACCGUUUAACGAUCUGCUUUACACUGCCAUACUUGUUUACGCUAAUAUGUGCAUAGUUGAGAUUAAGGGUAUAUUCAGAGAUGUACCUUGCAUUAAGCAAAACAAGAAUACAUAUAAUUACAAGUAAUAUAUUAGACCUGUGGCUCUCUAACUGUUGUCGAACUACAGCUCCCUGCAUUGUCAAAUAUCUUUGGUUUAGCGAAGAUGUAAAAAUCCGAAGUUCAACUUCAUCUGAAUGGUACAGGGUUAACCAUUGCUACUAUGAAAUGUUCCUGGGCCAUUUAAAUCUGUUAAAUGUACAAUUAGGCUAAAUAGCUGAUAUCUGCAGAAUAAAGACAAAACACAUGCAGUUAUUAUCAAUGAUUCACAAAGGGACAAAUGGCACACUUGCAUGAUUGUCACAUGAACAUGUGGCCAGCUGUGAUAAUAUUCUUGUUUUGCAAAUUAUGUUGCUUUAUGUUACAAAUCUAAAACCAGAUAAAGCCAAACACUACAGUAGUGAGCACAUUAUCAGGGCAUCUGGGUAAUUGGCUUGCAAUAACUUUUCAGCUAUGUGGACAUGCUCAACACGACAGUGUUACCUUGGCCACUUUGACUAUGAUCAAAUAAUAACACUUAAAAUAUACAUUGUAUAUUUACAUUGACAUUAUUUGUUUUUAAAGGAGAAAUUACAUUUUUUCCAGAUGGUUUUUUUUUCAGUGUAAAUCAAAGUUCAGUGUCACUGUUACCAUGGAGCACAACUUUGUUUUAUUAACUAUUCCCUUUAUUUUUGCUGCCUCAGCGACAUACGCUACAGCACUGCAGUGUGUUACUAGAUCAUGCUCGUGUUUGAAACCUUUACAUUUACACAAUGUAACAUUUUAAAAGCCAAAAAAAGAUUAACUUCACAGAAAACCCCACAAUCGUUUAUCUUUAUUAAUCUUUAUUCACGAGAUGGGGUAGGUCAGUGUAAAACUACAUUUCAAUUUACAUCUUUUUAAUGCAAGCUUGCUGCAGUUCCAGAAUGUGAAUAAAAAAAGUAGUUUUUAUGUGGUGCUCCUAAUAUCUAGUAACUCAGUUAUAACAUGUAACACUCUCCUAUGUAAUAUGUAAAUGUGUGGAGUCUGCUCAUUCAGAGAAAAAACUGUUAUGCCUUUACUGUAAAUAACUCACAUUGCUGGUUCCAACUAGUUUUUUAUGUUUCACAUUCUAGAACUGUAGCAAGAGUUUGUUGCAAGGUUUGUUUUUAUAUAUAUAUAGAAUACAAGUUUUAUUUUUUAUUACCCCUUUAAUGAAGCCAUCUAUUUAUUAAAGUAAUCCCCCUCUGGUUUUGUCAUCUGAUUGUCUUCCAAAGAGAGAUAUUACGUGCUAUUUAUAUAACAUUGAAUUGUUGGAUAUUUUGCAAUAGCAUGAAUAUUUGUAUUUUUUGUACAUUAUUGUAAAUAUAUAAAUAUGUUGUAUAAAGUUACGAUUUUAUGUUU